AUGGAUCCCGCCGGGUCGAUGGGAAUGGCGCCGCUGGCGGCGUGGCCGGCGCUGGGCGGGAUCGGGCGGGCGUGGAUGGGCGGGCCGGCGCACAAAGACGGCAAGGUGAUGCACCCCGACCUGCUGAACCCCGACCUGAAGGAGCUGCAGUACGCGGUGCGCGGGGAGCUGUACCUGAAGGGGGAGGAGCUGAGGAAGGCGGGCAAGGAGAUCAUCUUCACCAACGUUGGCAACCCUCAUGCCCUUGGUGCCAAACCAUUGACAUUCCCCCGCCAGGUCCUGGCCCUUGUGGCUGCGCCAUUCCUACUGGAUCACCCAAAGGUCAGUGAGAUGUUCCCAUCCGAUGCCAUCGCCCGAGCCAAGAAGUUGCUAGUUGACUUCAAGGGGGGAAUUGGAGCCUACAGCGACUCGAAGGGAAACCCAGUAGUCAGGCAGGAAGUCGCAGACUUCAUUGAAAAGCGGGAUGGCUUCCCAGCAAACCCCGAGAACAUCUUUUUGACGGACGGCGCCAGUGUGGCUGUGAGACUGGCCCUGGAGGCGAUGAUCAGAGACAGCGAUGAUGUCGUUAUGGUGCCCAUUCCUCAAUACCCUCUCUACUCGGCAUCCAUAGCCCUGUAUGGUGGCUCUCUGGCUGGCUAUUACCUGGAUGAGUCCCAGGGAUGGUCCAUGGACAUGAACUCUGUGCGGCAAGUGAUCAAGGAUCAGAGGAGUAAGGGGAAGUGUGUGAGGGCCAUUGUGUACAUCAACCCUGGAAAUCCCACAGGGCAGUGUUUGUCCUAUGCCAACCUGCAGGAGCUCAUCAAGUUUGCCCACGAGGAGAAGGUGGUGCUUCUGGCCGAUGAGGUGUACCAAGAGAAUGUGUACCAAGACAAGCUGCCCUUUGUGUCCUCCAAGAAGGUCUUGAUGGAGAUGGGUGGGGAUGCAGCACGUGAUGUGGAGCUGAUAUCCUUCCACACUGUGUCCAAGGGGUCCCCUGGGGAGUGUGGGCUGAGAGGGGGCUACGCGGAGUUCACCAAUAUGCACCCUGACACCAUGGCAGAGCUGUACAAGGCCGUGUCGAUCAAUCUAUCGCCCAACACCGUUGGCCAGGUCAGCAUGUCGCUUCUUGUCAACCCCCCUAAACCUGGAGACGUCUCUUAUGACCAGUACAAGCAGGAGAGGGAGGCAGAGAUUGCCAGCUUGAGACGACGGGCCCACCUUGUCACUGACGGCUUCAACGCCAUGGAGGGGUUCUCCUGCAAUUUUGUGGAGGGUGCGAUGUAUGCCUUCCCCAAGGUGGAGAUUCCGGCCAAGGCCGUGGAAAAGGCCAAGUCAUUGGGCAAGAGCCCCGAUGUGUUCUAUUGCCUGAGGCUGCUGGAGGAGACAGGCAUCAGCACAGUGCCUGGGUCAGGAUUCGGACAGAAGGAGGGCACCUUCCAUCUGAGAACUACCAUCCUGCCCCGAGAGGAGAAGAUGAAGGAAUUCGUCGAGAAGUUCAAGAAAUUCAACGAAGCUUUCCGGAAAGAGUACGCAUGA